AUAUAGUUUCUAUACUACAUUGGAGUAGUUAUUGUUAGUCUGCUGCACAUAUAUUAUAACCUAGUCAUGGAAUUGUAGAAACUUUUUCAAUAAUUUUAUACGCGGUGUAAUUGAAAUAAUAUAAAUGUGACGUUCUAAUUUAUACUUACUACGAUAUUGAAAUAUUGUUAUAUAGUUAAUAAUAUCGAUGGAUUUCCAUAUAAAUAUUAUUUUGAUUAUUCAGUGAGCUUAUGUUAAAUGUUACUUAAAAGAAGGUAACAUGUUAGGACCAUUGAAAAGAAUAAAAUUUUUACAUCAUGCAAAUAAUUUGCUUUCAAAUAGUAGUGUUGAUUGUUUGAAGAAUAAUUUUGUACUAUUAAGAACAUUAAAGCUUACUGCAGAUUGUAAGUUUAAUGAUGAUUUAAGUGAUGACGAAGAUGAAAAGAAAAAAAGAAAAAAAACUAUACCACUUCCCAAAAUUACACUUGAGAAUACAGAUGGAUCUUUGAGUGUUGUUCUAUUGAAUGAAGCAGCUAAGAUUGCUAAACGGCGUAAUAUGUUUUUAAUUAAGAUGCCAUAUGUUGAUACUAAAGGUUCUAGAGAUAUUUACAAAAUUGUGGAUCAUGCAACAUAUAUUAAUAACAGUAAUGCCGACACCCAAGUAGAUCUUCAAAAUAAUAAAAAAGAGAAGAAUAAUAGAAGCAAUAAAAGUUUCACUAUAUUUGCUAAAAUCAAUGAACAUGAUUUAGAAACAAAAGUGAAUAAUAUAAACAGGUUAUUAAAAAAAAAUCAUUUGGUUACCAUUAUAUUAAAUUGUGCUGCUGAGAAUACAAAUAAGGUGGAUGUAGUACAAUAUAUAAGGAAGAAGGUAAAUGGAAUUGUGACAAAGGAAAAGGGAAAAGGAGAUAUUACAAUACUGGUUUAUUCACCUCCAGAAAAUAAAAAUAAUGAGAAGAAUGAUUCCUGAUUUAAAAAAAUAUAAGUUUUGUGUCAAUAUGAACAGUAGAAAAAUAAAUGAUGUAAAUUAAUAUUAUUACAUAAACAUUACUGGA